ACUACUAUAUAACAAAUAAUUUGAGUGAGAUCAUGGAAGUAACAGAAGGGGCCUCUGUUUGUGCACCUGGAUUUCACAAGGUUGAGCUGCUCAGAACAACAUGGGAAAUGCCUAUCAAUUAUCAAGAACCACAGCCCCUUGGAGUUGGGGCAUAUGGUCAAGUUUGUUCUGCUAAAGAUACUCAAGGCAAGAUGUCAGUUGCUGUCAAAAAGCUCUCUCGGCCGUUCCAAUCUGACAUACAUGCUAAGAGAGCGUACAGGGAAUACAGACUACUUAAACAGCUCUGUCACGAAAACAUAAUUAGUCUGCUGGAUGUGUUCACUCCCUCGACACAGUAUUCUGAUUUCCAAGAUGUGUACCUUGUAACUGAUCUGAUGGGAUCCGACCUGCACACAAUCCUGAAAUACCAGCAGCUGUCAGACGGGCAUGUUCAGUGGAUUAUAUACCAAAUUCUGCGUGGGCUCAAGUACCUGCAUUCAGCCGGAGUGAUACACAGAGAUUUGAAACCUAGCAACAUUGCCAUUAACGAGGAUUGCUAUGUAAAGAUAUUAGAUUUUGGGUUGGCACGAGUUCAGGACGAUCAGAUGACGGGAUAUGUGGCAACACGAUGGUACCGUGCCCCUGAAGUCAUGUUGAACUGGAUGCACUACAGCAAAACUAUGGACAUUUGGUCUGUUGGGUGUAUAAUGGUGGAGAUGUUGACGAACAAGAUCCUGUACCGAGGAGACGAUUAUAUUCACCAACUGAUGAGAAUUCUGGAGGUGUGCGGAACUCCUAGCCACGAUGUCCUGUCAAGUGUCAGUGAAAAUGCGAGAAGGUUUAUCAGUUCUCUGAAAUACUACCCACGAUCCGACUUCGCCGAAUUGUUCAGUGAAUGCAGCCCGAUUGCUCGAGAUUUACUGGAGAAGAUAUUUGUGUACGAGCCGGAGAUUAGGCUGACUGCAGACCUGUCCAUUUCCCACGAGUACUUUGUUAAAUACAGAGAACCUAAUGAUGAGCCGAUAACGGAACCCUUUAUGGACCCACUGAACGAUAACGAAACUUAUACCACUGAAGAUAUUCGAAAGCUCAUGUUUGAAGACAUAGUUGUCAAGGGAGAAGAAAUACGGAAAUCCCUUAGAAUAAAGAGGGCUAAUGUGCAAUCAGAUAAAGAUCGGGCAGCAGCAAGCUAGAAAUCUAGAAUUAUAUGUUCAUAUACGAUAAAUUUGUAAUUUCUGCAUGGUCUCCUGCCGUUGAUUUUCUUCACCAUCUAUUGGUAUUGGAAUUAUAAACAAUUAUAGUGAGAACAGCUAGGAAUCGUAUUGUGAUGCAUUUAAUUAUAUUACUCGGUAUGAACCAGUAUAAUAUACUCUAGUUGCUUCUUCGAUAGAGGUGAACAGAGCUCUACAAUCUUAUGAAUCUAACAUUAAUCUACAUUUUAAAUAAUGUUGUUCGAAUAACUGCUUAGUUUUGACCUGCAGUGAACUGCCCUUUUUCGUUCGCCCAUUACUGGGCGCUGGCUGUCGUUUUCCUGCAAACGAGUCAUGUUUCUGUGGCGAUGUAAAAACUUUUAUAUUACAAUCCGUUAAGUAAAAUCUUCCACGUUUUGUUUUUCUUUUAAUCUAAUAAACGUUUAAUGCCAUCUUGAUGUUUCAUCUUAUCUUUCCACUUUUAUAUGAUUGUCCGAAGGGAAGAUUUUUUGGCAUGAUGAAAUUUUGUAAGAUAUAAUUAUUGUAAAACUAGCGAAAUAUAAUCCCCCGGGACGCCGGACUUCUGAAUUAUUAAGACUGAUAUAUUUUUAGCUAAAUCAUUAGCGUUGUAAAAUAAGAGAUGUGUGAAAUAGUUGAUUUAUACGCAUUAACAUUUAUAUUUUAUCAUGAA